ACACACGCACGCACACACACACACACACAUACACAGACACACACACAGACAAACACACACCGAGCCCUCCUCCUCUCCAUUGGUGGCUCAUCUGGCUUCACCUGGAGCUCGGGCUGGGUCGAGGGACCCAGCCACACGACGGACGCAUGUGUGAGUGAGGAGCAGUGUGCGUUUGCUGUCAGUCUUGUGGUGGAGCCCUCUCAGCAUGUCCAAUAACAUGGCUAAGAUCGCAGACGCCCGUAAGACAGUUGAACAACUGAAACUGGAGGUCAAUAUUGAGAGAAUGAUGAUAUCCAAAGCGGCGGCUGAGCUGAUGGCGUACUGCGAGGGCAACGCUAAGGACGACCCCCUGGUCAACCCCAUGGCCUCGGCCGAAAACCCCUUCAGAGAGAAGAAGCUCUUCUGUGCCAUCCUCUAGCCUUCCUCGACCCCCCCCCAGCCCCCAGUCUUUGUCACCCUAGGCUCCACACGCACCUUCGUCUUCAUCACCUAUCUGGAUCCCCACGCCCACCCACAGUUCUAUAAUCUAGAUCUAGCAAUAAAACCUUUGUGGGUGAAUUGUUUUUUUGAUACAUGUAAGAGGUUUUUGUCGGGUUGUAUUCCUCUUCAGUAGAUCCAUGAUUAUUGUUUGCAUAUGGGGUUUGUCCGCUAAGGAAAGGCAUUGUGUUCAUAGCUGUUCAAAAUUGCUGCAAUAAAAAGGUCAGUAAAA